AUGACCGGACACCACUGCUGGGGAUACGGACAGGAUGACGGGCCUUCUGAGUGGUACAAAUCAUAUCCCAUUGCCCAGGGACAUCGUCAGUCACCUGUUGAUAUAGUCUCCACGCAAGCAGCUUAUGAUCCUAGUCUGAAGCCUCUUAUUAUCUCAUAUGAAUCGUGUACAUCUCUUGAAAUCUCCAACAAUGGCCACUCAGUCAUGGUGGACUUUGAAGAUGCUGAUGACAAGACAGUGAUCAAUGGGGGGCCCCUUGAAGGUCCCUAUAGGCUAAAGCAGUUUCAUUUUCAUUGGGGAAUGAAGCACAGUCAGGGAUCAGAGCAUACAGUUGACAGCAAAUCUUUUCCUUCUGAGCUCCACUUGGUUCAUUGGAAUGCAAGGAAGUAUGCAACAUUUGGAGAAGCAGCAGCAGCUCCAGAUGGUUUGGCGGUAGUUGGUAUUUUCUUGGAGACUGGAGAAGAACAUGCCAAUAUGAACAGACUAACUGAUGCCUUGUAUAUGGUAAAAUUUAAAGGGACAAAAGCUCAGUUCAGAACCUUCAACCCAAAAUGCCUCCUGCCAUCAAGUCUAAAUUAUUGGACAUAUCCUGGUUCUCUAACAACACCUCCUCUAUAUGAGAGUGUAACAUGGAUAGUGCUGAAAGAGCCCGUCAGGAUUUCUGAGAAACAGCUGGAGAAAUUCCGAACUCUUCUCUUCACCAGUGAAGGAGAUGAAAGGAUCCAGAUGGUGAAUAAUUUUCGUCCCCCUCAACCUCUUAAGGGAAGAAUAAUUCGUGCUUCUUUCAAGGCCUAA